AUGGACUUCUUUCAGGAAUUGGAGUACGCAUGGUUGCCAUACCUGGAGGAAUACUACGAAACGCUGACUCCAGAGAUGCGGAGUUUGGAUUGGCGCCAAGAGGACCUUUGGCGAUUGCACCCUCAACAACGGCGUGAAUGCUAUCGGCAAUGGCUACUGGAGGCGCAUGAAGAAGCCAGAGGAAUUCUGCCAGAGCUGGCACAUUUGCUGGAGAGGAAUGCCGAAAGCAGGGCAGUUUUGCUCUCAGAUGUCCAAUUCAUGCUUUGCUACCGCACUGAUGCCUUAAUCCACAAGGCUCUGGAUCGCGAUCGCAAGCUGGCAGUUCUCCGCGAGAUGCAGGCUAGUCUCAUCCAGUCGUAA